CAGCGCGAGUAUCACAUCGCAGUACUAGGCUCCGGCGGGGUUGGCAAGAGUUGUUUAACCAUGCAAUUCGUUCAAGGAGUGUUUGUAGAACGCUAUGACCCAACCAUAGAAGACUCCUAUCGAAAACACAUCGACGUUGAUGGCAGACAUGUAGUCCUCGAGAUCAUGGAUACGGCAGGAACCGAACAAUUCAGUAGGGAUAUGUACAUGCGCCUCGGCCAAGGCUUCCUCCUCGUCUUCAGCAUCACCUCCGCCUCCUCCCUACGCGAACUAAUCGAACUGCGCGAACAAAUCGUGCGCACGAAAAACGACCCCACCUUCCCCAUCGUGCUCGUAGGCAACAAAUCCGACCUCGAGGAAGACCGCGCCGUCUCGCGCGCCAAGGCCUUCCAGCUCUCGCAGAGUUGGGGAAACAUCCCGUAUUACGAGACGAGCGCGCGGAGAGCGACGAACAUUAAUGAGGUGUUUAUUGAUGUUUGUCGCCAGAUU